AAAAUACCCCAAGCAGCGAAGCAGUAAGCCCGGACUACAAAGGGGUCGACGCGCGCUAUCAGAAGUCCUCGAUUUAUUUGAGUUAUCUUAAUAGGGUUUGACUAAAGAAUGAUGGAAGCUCGAGUUGUGGUGCUGUUGUCGGCAAUGCUUGCAUCGCUGGGUGCUAUUCAUGGCUCACAACACAGCAGACCCGAAGUGAAAGUCAUGGUCAUGCAGAAAGGCCUAAGUUAUGCAAACAACAUCCUUGUCAGUAAAAUUGUGCAAGAAAUCGAAGGUCUGCGAAUUCCCUCCGUGAAACCACGAAGUUCUCUUACCCUUUAUCACUCGGCAGUGACGUCUGCAGUUAUCAAAUCUACAGCCCUACUCGCCGAUGGCAGCAUGAACGCGCUGACGCUAAUACUUGACCUGCAGCGGAUUCAAAUACAAGGCUCUUAUAUGUCUGAUUUCUGGUUUGGAACGAGCGUUGGAUAUUACGACUUGAACUUAAACAAGGUUCGGAUCACGAAACACUUGGCAAUUGGGAAAGAUGAGCUUGGUCGUCCAACUGUAUCCUCUAAAAGCUGCCAGACGGUGAUAGAAGACAGCAAAAUGACGUUUAGCAAAGGGACGUCUGCAUGGACUGACUUUAUUCUCACUACACUGGUCGCUAUUGCAAGAAAAACAAUCCAGACCAAGAUAGAAAACCUGAUGUGCCAGUCAAUAACAGCCGCCAUUAUUGAAAAAGGAGAAGAUAUCCCAAAAGCAUAUUCAGCCGCUCGUCCAGUUGAUAACUGCUCUGCGAUAGAAUUUCCUCUCCUAGACAAUCCUACCAUCAAACAUGGACAAAUCGACUUCUUUCUACAGGGGAACGUGUCGUCCACAUGCCGUCCUUUGAUCUACUCGCGGUCGCGUGGGGCCUCGCGAGUGUUUCGCGUGGAUCCCUUAAGCCCAGACAAGAUGUUGCACGUUGUUAUUGGCGACGAUCUGGUUAACACGCUGCUCGAACUUCGUUAUUGGUCAAAGAAAUUGGACAUUGGAUUCAUUGGUGGUAUGGGCGUGUCAAUCAAGCUGACUACCCCCCCUGUCUACACGACCACGCCUGACGGUGCCACAAUAAGAGCCCCGGCUGUGGUCUCGGACAACAAUAUUAGCGUUUCUAUGGCUUUCACUGCUAGCGUGAUAAUUUCAGAAAACAAUGGCAGUCUUGUAUUUGAAAUUAUACAAAUCAGCCUGGUCCGCACUCAGCUCAUUAAGGCCGGUGCUGAUGGUGUAACCAACAAGAUGUUAUUAGAUGUUAUCACCAGAAGCGAGACUGAAAUCGUAGAAAGACUCAACCGUAUCUUUAGCAACACUCUCCCUCUUCCUCUCAUUCGAGGAAUGAUUUUACAGAACAACGAGAUAUCAUACGAUCAGGGGGUGACAAUUCUCUCUUCGGAUUUUCUUGUCUGACUGGAGGAAAACCAUAUGUAUACACCUCCACAACCUCCACAACCAACAACAACAACUGCAACUGCUCCAUAGUUUACCUUGAGUAUCAAGCCCGUCUUCCAGCUAAGCCCAAACCUACAUGAUUGAGCCCUACCAAUAAACAACUCUGUCCUACGUCCCCACAUCCCUAGACAAUGCCUUGCUAGUAUAUUGAGUCAAAAGUAAAAAAAAGAAGGCAGACAAAUUCGACACAUUUAAAGUGACAUUUUCAUAUCAGCUUACUAAAUAUGAAACACUUUAUGGAAGGAUUUCAGAUUUUCUCACAUUUUUCUUGGGAAUACUUUUGAGAAUCAUUUUUAAUAUGUACAUUGAUCAAAUAGGAGUUUUUCUGUCUUCAAUAUUAUGUAAAAAUAUUGUUUGAAAUGAAUUUUCGAAUAAAUUUCUUUACACAAGA